CGGACGCGGUGAGCAUCAUUUUCACCAAGGAACCCUCGGAAGAUGAUCAGCAAGAUUAAUAUUGUUUAUUUCGCCCCGUGUUAUUGUCUUUCCUUUUAACGUCAGUGCUGACUGCGUAAGUUCCCACUACUGGAACAGUUUGCCAAGGACCUUCAACCUGUUAACAGAUUUAACGUUUACGUUUUUUUUUUUAACGAUUUUACACGGUGGUCAAAAUAUUAGAACCCCGAAUUUCAAGUGAAUAUGCCCGAAACAACCCAGGAUACGUGUGCUGCAGUGAAAGACUCUCCAUUUUUCAUUAAAAAUCUUCUGAAUUCUGACAGUAAGCCAUCAAAGCCCAAGCCUAUUUUGGUAUCAACUAAAGCUGGACUUGAUGGCAGCUUCUCGCUCUCUCAGGUUGGGGAAUUAAACUUUCCUCGCUUCGAAUUGCCGACCCAACGCUUUGCGUUACCGGCUUAUCUUGAGCGCGCCUCAGCAUGGUGGUACCCGUACACACUCAGUGCAUCUGCGCAUCUCCACAGAACAGAAGCAGCACAGAAAGCAAGGGUAUCGUCUCCGACCACAGGCACCGACAGAGAUUCACCUGAGCUCGUGCUCAAAUCCGACCCGGAUGCCAGAGACGAUGACGACGAUAACAAAAGUGGAGACGAGAUUGUCCUCGAGGAGAGCGACACCGAAGAGUCUAAAAAAGAAGGCAGCGUGGACGACUGGAAGAAAAUUGACGACGGCGCUGACAAGAAACCUUGCCGGAAGAAGAAAACCCGCACGGUGUUCUCGCGGAGUCAGGUGUUUCAGCUGGAGUCCACCUUCGACAUGAAACGCUACCUCAGCAGCUCGGAGCGCGCGGGCCUGGCUGCCUCGCUUCACCUCACAGAGACCCAAGUGAAAAUCUGGUUUCAGAACCGCAGAAACAAGUGGAAACGUCAACUGGCAGCUGAGCUCGAGGCGGCCAAUUUGAGCCACGCGGCUGCGCAAAGGAUUGUGAGAGUACCCAUCCUGUAUCACGAGAACUCGGUCUCUGAAAGCGCCAACACUCCGGGCAACGUGCCCGUUAGCCAGCCGCUGCUCACUUUCCCUCAUCCGGUUUACUACUCUCAUCCCAUCGUCACCUCAGUGCCUCUCCUCAGACCGGUGUGAGAGAACGAGAGAUGUCUUUUUCUAUGUAACUAUGUAACUAAUACCGUUUUACACAGACUUGAAAGAGAGAGAGAAAAAAUGGGAAAUGAAACCAAGAGACAAAGAUAUUUUUGUUUAGAAAAUCAUUUAAAGAAGAAAAGAAAAAUGUACAAAGACGGACUAUCAUGCAUUUGAGCCCUACAUUUUUUGUUUUGUUUUUAAACUUAUAAAAAUACACAUUAACUACACAUAAAUAAGGAUUGUUUAGAGGCCUACAUUUCUAAUGUUGAUGUUGGUGAUUAAUUACAAUGACUUCGUUAAUUUACUGUCGUCGUUAUUAUUAUUAUUAUUAAUAUGAUACGGAUUUAAAAAAAAAUGUCUAUGAAUAUCAUUGACAAAUCAACUUGUUGACACGUCAAAGUAAAGUGUUUUUAUACACAUGGUUUAGUUUCUUUUUAGCACUGAAAAAUAUCACACAGCCCUGACUACUGAUGUGCAAUACUACUGUGUAUGAAUUAUAUAUUUAGGCAACAGAUUCAUUUUUAAAACUCUUAUUUCAGAUCCUUUUUUUCCCAACCAAGUUGAGAAGGUAAACCGCUGAAAACCCUUUUGUGUCCUUGGUCCCGCGCGCUCAAUGGACAAUCAUAGACUAUAGCUUUUGAUUUGACAGGAUUGAAGUAACACACAUUUUUUUUUUCUUUUUACUUUUGAUCUAUAUUAUUUACACAUGUACAGAUAUAAUGAUAAGAAUGGGGAAAAGGUGUCAUUUGUACAGUAAUAACUGAUUUUUUUUUACACUGUAUUGCUGAAUUCUGUUGUGAAAUAA